UCUUUUCCUUCUCAUGGGUGCUAACGCUUCUUCCAUUGACUCAAACUCUGCUAAUGGCUCAAACCAUCCGCCAUUAAAAACUAAGCUUGAAGAUAUACCAGAAGCUUGUGUUGCUCUUAUUCUCUCUUAUUUGGAUCCACCAGAAAUUUGCAAAUUGGCUCGUCUUAAUCGGACCUUUUCGGCCGCUUCUUCUGCGGAUUUUAUUUGGGAUUCCAAAUUGCCCUCCAAGUAUAUUCUCGAGGAAUUGCUGGCCAUGAGUGUUGCAGGCAUGGCCAAAAAGGACAUUUUUGCAAAGCUUUCCCGGCCUAGUUCUUUUGAUUCUGGCACAAAGGAGGUAUGGAUUGACCAGAAUAAUGGAGGGGUUUGUUUGGCAGUUUCAGCUAAAGGAAUGACGAUUACCGGAAUUGAUGAUCGGAGAUAUUGGAAUCAUAUUCCGACCGACGAAUCAAGAUUCGGGACUGUCGCUUAUCUUCAACAAAUUUGGUGGGUUGAAGUUGAUGGCGAAUUAGAAUUCCAAUUCCCUGCAGGAACAUAUAGUGUAUUCUUUAGACUUCAGCUUGGCAAAAUUACCAAGAGGUUGGGACGUCGAGUCAUCACUAACACUGAACAAGUUCACGGCUGGGAUUUAAAGCCCGUGCAAUUCCAGUUAACGGCGUCUGAUGAUCAAUGUGCCAUGUCUAAAUGUUAUCUAGACAAUGUAGGAACUUGGGUGCACCACCAUGUGGGAGAUUUUGUUGUUAAGGACUCCGCGGCCAUGACAAAUUUAAAAUUUUCUUUGAUGCAGAUUGAUUGUACACAUACUAAAGGGGGGUUGUGUGUAGAUUCUGUGUUAAUAUGUCCGAUUACUUUAGCAAAAGAGUUGAGAUCUUCUUGAUAGUUUCAUAAUGGACAUAUGAUCUGUUGUCCCAGGGCUUUGGUCUAAUGGUAAGAGCACAUCGCAUGAUGAGUGAGUUAGGUGCAUGUCAAAGGUUCAAAACCUAUCGUAGAAAAAAGUUUGGUAUUGGUAUUUAAGUGAAGAAAGGUAAAAGCACGGGUUCACCAUCUAUUGAGUUUUGAACUGUCCGUCACUGGCGCUCUGGGUUUCUUGAUUACAAAAGAGCUAAGGGAUAUAUGACCUUGAUAAGUGGGCUAGGCAUAUCUUAUGAGAUCAAAACCUGUCAUAGACGAAAGCUUGAUAUUGGUAUUUAAGUGAAGAAAGGUAAAAGAACGGAUCACCAUCUAUCGAGUUUUGAACCGUCCACCACUGACGCUCUAGAUUUCUCGAUUACAGAAAAACGGACAUAUGAUCUUGAUGAGUGGGCUGAGCGCAUGUCACGGGUUCAAAAUCUGUCAUAGACAAAAGCUUGAUAUUGAUAUUAAAGUGAAGAAACGUAAAAGGACGGGUUCACCAUCCAUCAAGUUUUGAACUGUCGACCACUGACACUCCGGAUUUCUCGGUUAUAAAAAGAAGGGGCAUAUGAUCUUUGGGGGGCCAGAAUGUUUUUGCUCUAGGAGUGGAAUCAGUGUGUAUAGUUUGUUUUUCUGGUUUCUUUCUGUUUUUCCCUUUUUGUUCCAGUACUAGUUCCUAUUUGGAGUCUCGAGCUUCAGAUUUUCUCCUGUACAUAAAUCUAAAAGAAACUUUGCCAAUAUAAAUAUAUAGCUGUAGGCUUAAUUAGAAGCAAGAGUUCCCUUUAAAAUGAAUGGAAAAGAAAUUAGAAUUGUUCAUGGUUCAA